AUGCCCAUCAUCGAGGACAAGACGCUUCGACCCCCUGCGAUGUCCAAGUUGUCGCUGGCCUACAUUUUGCACUCUACUCAGGUGCUCCACAUCACCGCGUGUGAAGGGGAUGUCAAGUCUCCAUCACCCCUUAAGACACAGUCGCAGCAGUCGGCGAAGAGGAGAUGCCGCAUGCCUGACUGCGACAGCGCCGCCAUCAGCCAAGGGGUUUGCAUUCGACACGGCGGUGGUCCCCGCUGCUCCGUAGCAGGGUGUCGAAACGGGGCCAAGUCCCGCAGGUUGUGUUGGAAGCACGGCGGGUCCACCAAGUGCACGAUCUCAAGCUGCAACAACCGAUCGAAGGCCCGAGGACUGUGCUGGUCCCACGGAGGUGGCAAGCCUUGCUCUGCGAAGUACUGCUCUCUCACGGCACUUAGCCGCGGGCUGUGCUGGGCGCAUGGUGGAGGUAUGCACGAUCUCGUGUCCCUAGGGCAAGCGCUGUGCAACCUACGGGUGCAAACGACCAGCAGCCGUAUGACGCGCCAGGAUUGGCGUACGGAAUCCUUGCGUCUGUGCCCUGCGGCGUCGAAGCAGCCACGGGAAUGCGAAGUGCGAUGCCACUUUCGAAUCCCCCCGACCGUCAACCCCGUCACCUGCGUGGGGGUGUCGGACUUGGUGGCAGGGUCAAACAACGCGUUGGACGUGCGGAAGUAA